AAAUGAUUCUGUACUGUUUCAAUCAACAUACAGUUAAAGUUCACUGAGAGUGAUUUGAUCAUUUUUUCUUUAAAAAAAAAAGAAUGCUGCCAUCUUUUCCCUGUAAACCGUGUUAUGACGAUUGUGUCCCACUAUAUACUUUUGCACAACUGGCACUAGGCUGACCUUGAUCUCUCUCUGAAUCUUACCACAAUGUUUGCUGAAGAUAAAUAGAAACAAACACCAGCAAUACUGCGACCAAUGCAACACCUCAACCAGAUAUCGAUCAGAAAGAUCCAGUGCUUUAAAAACUUGAGAACCGCUGAUGGAAGAGUAAAGUUUCCUGACGGAGGACAGGCUGCAGCAAUGGCCGGAGGCUCUCACUUCCUUUGGAUUCCCCUGGUCCUCUCAGUUCUCUUUAAAGCUUCUGACAACAGACAUGUCCAUCACGGGGUGGACACUAUAAUCAGUCGUACAGGAAAUCUGGAGGUGGACCACAUCCUUUCAAAGUUCCCAAUAACGCUACUGGAAGGAAUCGACCCCAAGAAUAUAAAUGUAACCUCAAUUACUUUAAAAACCUGUACUGACACAAAGGAACAGUUGACACUGCUGAACAGGCAGCUUCAGGUGACAACUCACCACAACAGCCAACUAGAUGAGGAGGCCUUCGCGUUGAGGAGGGACGUCAGACGGCUGAAAUUGCAGCUUGCGACAUGCAGCUCGACAGCCUCAGCUACGGUUUAUCACACCCAGCUGCAUAUCAAAAUGGAACAGCUGCUGGAGAGGUUUGAUAAUGAAUCAUUUCUGAUUCUGAAAAUCAUUCCACUUACCAGGGAGGUGACAACAUUACAGAACAGGAUCAAACUUACUACUAAUUCAACUGAAGCUGAAAUCAGAGUGCAGCAGAAGAGGCUGCAGGAGAAGAUCAACAAUCUGAAUGCUAUGAAGCAGCAGAUAGAAAGAAGCCACUCAAACUCAACACUCAUUCUUCUGAUCAUCUCACUGCAAAAUCAGAUCUGGGAUUUGGAGGAGGAAGAAUCAAGAAGAGUAGAAAGUGGCCUUCAUUGGGACGAGAGAAUUACUGCUCUACAAAAACAACUGGACAGGGCGAUCAGUGAGCUGCGAGGAGAAGGGGACGCCAGCUCAGCGAUGCUGGAGCUGAUUUCAGUUCACAGUAAGACUGCAGCAAUACAAAGGCACAUCAGUUUCCACAUUGAAAAGUCUAGAACUAACGAUGCUGAUUACCAACGGCAAAUUAGACAAAAGGCUGAGCUCCUUAAAAAGAAGAUAUUACAUUUGAAUCGUGAGGAAAGCAACACAGAACUAACCAAGGAAAUUUUGAAUCUGCAGAUUGAAGUGGAGGAUCUCAGACGUUUAAGGAUAAACGCCAAAAGCCAAACCGAUUCCCAACUAAAAGAGCUGAGAGGAUUUUUGGAGGAGGAGAGGAAACGGCAAGGAAACUUACAGAAACAACUUGAGGAGACAGAGUUUGUCCAGUCGCAACUGGUGAUGAGGCUCAUCGGCAUGAUGAAAGAGCUGAGGGAGCUGCCGAAGGAUGAGCAACAGCAGACAACAUCAACAAGCCAGGCCGCCACUAUCCAGGUUCUGCUUCAAGCCAAAGAAAGAGAGUAUGCUGAAGCUCAGGCUGACAUAAAAGAGCUGCAGCGGAUGUUGCAAUUGAAGAGCGACAAAUGCUCCGGACCCAAUGACAGACACGCAUACGUAAAUAGUGAAUUUGAACAGAAGAUUGGAGAACUCAACAGAACUGGCGACUCCAAAGCGGCACUCAUUCUGAACAUGAUAAACUUGCAUGAGGAGCUGAAGACUCUGAGGGUUCUGAUCUCUACAACAAAACACCCAGAAAGGCUCUUAGAGCUGCAGAGGCAGCUGCAGGAGAAGGGCGUGGAACUAACCUCCAGGACUGCCGACAUAGAGAGACAGAUUGUCAACCCCCAAAUAGUUUUAUCAAUCAUUGAGCUGCAGAAUGAAAUCUGGGACCUUCAGAAAACCUCCACCAAUGGGACCACAACUAAGCGCAUAAAAGAGUUGCAAACCAGAGUGGAUGGCCUCACUGAUGAACUAAUCAACAAAGGCGGCGAAAACACAAAACUGAUGCUGAAAAUCGUCACGCUGCAGGUGGAGCAGCUGCAGGAACAGAUGUCAGACCUCCAGAUGGUAAAAACCACUCGGGUUACUCAGCUUGAAGAGGAUCUUUCUACCAAAAAUAAUGAGCUGCAGAAAUAUGUCAAUGAGCUGAGCGAGAAGAAUCAGGCAAAUGACAAACUGAUUCUUUCGAUCGCUGAUCUGAACACGCAGCUCAGACAAUCACAAGAAGAAAAGCAAAGCAAGGGCCAAACCGCUUCUGCUACUAUUGCCGAGCUCAGGGAACAACUGAAGAUAAAGGUGGAGGAGCACUUUCGUGAUCGGGAUGAGAUCAAAGCUCUGGAGAAUAAAAUUAACCAGACGGAGGCACAGUGCUCCAGUUUUGAGCAGAAACUUAAAGAUCUGCAGAAUGAGCUGGAUGAGAAAAUGAAGAAACUGCAGUCGGAAUCUGACAGUGUCACUUCACUUGCUCUUCAAGUUUCCACGUUGACCCUGCAACAGGAAGAGUUAAAGACACAACUACGAAACACUGAAUCCAAAGGCAAAAUAAGAGAGCUUCUAAAACAAAUAGAAGAAAAGAAUAUUGAGUUGGCCAAAAAAACAGAGGAUCUGAAAGCAAGAAGCUCUCAACCAGAAAGAUUUCUACAGAUUAUCGCGAUACAAACAGAGAUAGAGACAUUUGUGAAUACGCCAGCAAAUGACACAGAUUACAGUAAGAUUAAGGCACUCCAAGACCGUCUGAAUAGUCAGAUUGAGAGAAUUCAAGAUGAAAACAAUGAAAAUACCAAACUGGUGUUUAAGGUUUUGAGUCAUCAAGAGGAAAUAGCGAGACUGAAGAAGCAUGAAGAAAGUCAGUCAAAAGUUCUGCUGGAGAAAAUUAAAAACCUGGAGAACGAACUGGAGGACGUCAGAAAUCAGAUAAUAGAGAAGACACUGCAUCUGGACUCAAGUGAUAUGAGGAUUAUUAAUCAGUCGGCUCAAAUUAUGGAACUUCACCAGAAAAUCAAACCACUGGAAAGUGAAAUAUCAAACCUCAAAGAAACAAACGCUAGGAACCUUGCAGAGCUUCAAGAGAGAAUGAAUGUGACAAAGAGGCAACUGCAGGACAGUGAACUUCGACUCCAACAUGCAGAUGGAAAGAGCUUUAACUUAAUAAUGGAGAUCGCUGAUCUGAGGGCACAACUGAAAGGGACUCGGGCGUCCGAAGCUGCUGUAAAAAAUAAUAUUGAAAUGGAACAACAGCGAUUUCAAACGCAACAAAGAGAGAAUAGAAGACUCGAGAACUCAAAUAGAGACUUAAAGCAAGAGGUCAACGAGCUCAAAACGUGCUGCAACAAUGACAACGCCCGCUGUGAAGAUUUACAAAGACAACUGCGGCAGAACCUGGAGGAUGCGGAACGCCUGGAGCAGCAGCUGCAAGAGAUGGGUGCCGAACUCAAACAGCUGCAGCAGGAUUCGGAGGAACAGACCAGGGAGUCUGACAAGCUACUGUACAAAUACCUCAAGCUACAGGAUGAAUACCAAAAGAGACAACCGCAGCAGAGUCAGGACGUUGUUCAAAAUCUACAGCAGCAGCUGCUCGAGAAGGAUGCCACGCUCAAGCAGCUGCAGCAGGAGCUUCAAGAACAGGCCGCAGACAUUUACAGACUGCAGGAAAUCAACAAAGGUCUUCUCGACAAACAAAAAGAUGUGGACGAUAGGACGAUUCAUAGCUGGAAGGUGACUUUGGAUCCGAACACGGCAAAUCCGAGAAUAGCGCUGUCAGCGGAUAAGACUGAGAUGUCCACCGGCGAGGAAGUACAAAACUUACCCGACCAUCCCGGCCGCUUUAAUGUGGUUCUCGCGGCCCUGGGCGAGACUGGCUUCUCAAGUGGAAGAAAUUACUGGGAGGUGUCUGUAGCUGGGAAGCUCUGCUACCACCUCGGGAUGGCAAGUGAAUCUGCUCCGAGGAAGGGGACGAUUAUGUUCAGUCCCUCAAACGGCUUCUGGACUAUAGUUCGGAACAAACAGGGCCAGGUCAGAGCUAUCGAUAAGUUGCCUGUUACAAUUCCGGUUCAGACGCAGCCUCUUAAACUUGGUAUUCUGCUGGACUAUAAGAUGGGACAGGUCUCAUUUUACGACGCUGGUGUCAGGUCUCAUAUUUACACGUUUCAAAGUCAAACGUUCAGAGACAAAAUGUAUCCGUUUAUCAACUUUUGUGUUGAGGAUGCUGAGGGUCAGACUCCAAUCGUUUUAAUUACUCCCAGGUCAGCUGACUGGAUGAAAUAGUUAAAAGUGAAGUUUUAUCCUAGAAUCAUCUCAGUAUAGGUAACAAAAUAACCCCUGUGAUUGCAGAAUGUUUCUUUUGCGCUUACUUCUGUUGCUACUGCUGCUGAAUGUUCCCGACAAUACGUUUUCUUUGAUCGUCAAUGAGUAAAAUAAAUUGAUUGGUUUUCUUUGUCCA